AUGCAUGACCGGCUCCGGAUGCAGCGACUGAACCCGUCUCAAAGCCGCGACAUUUAUCUCACAUUUUCGAAAUAUAUCCACUCUUACGACGAGAUUUGCCUCUUCCUCUCGGUCGCGCCCGAGUCGCAUGCGGGGUUGUUUUACCUCGCGCUGGGGUUGUUUCACAAAGAAAAGGACGUUCGGCUCAAGACGGCCGACUUGCUAGGACGGAUCGCGGAGCAUGAAGCUGGGCAACAUUGGUGGAAGAGCCUGAGCAGGUUUGAAAAGCUGGCGUUUGAUCGCAUUCGAAGGGAUGCGGAUGCGGAAAUGCGAGCACAGCUGGAAAAGGAAGGCCUCAGCCCCGUGUUUGAAAGAAACGUUUUUAGCUAUUGA